AUGGAUUCAUGUCCCGAGUACUUUGCCAACACCUCUCACCUUGCCGGCACAAUACUACUCUCCUGUAUCCCCGCCCGCACAGAAUGGGGCCGAAUUCGUGGACAGACGGCUUCAACAUCGUGGCCAAGCCAAAUGCCGAUGAGAGACUGUCUGUCUGAUGGAUACAACUUUGGUGCCGCACUGUCUCAGCUUGCCUAUAACUCUGCUUACCUCUAUGAACCCACAGAAUGUGGCCAAUGUCGUGCAUGCCCCGUCGCAAUCGGUUUGCCGAUGUACACAAGUGCGGACUACGAUCCAUCUCCGACACGUGCAGUCGGCGACGUUAUCGGCAACCCGACUGGUAGCUCCAUUCCAGUCAUGGCGGAUUUCGAUUUCUCCGACCUUAUCGCCAACAAUCCCCUCAUGUCAUGUAUGAUCCCCCGCUAA